AUGGCUUUGACUAUACAUACUAUCAACACCUUGUGCCUCAAGGGAUCCCCUCUUCCUCGAUCUUCCCACAAUCCCACCUACUCACUAAGUCCUACUCUCGUGUUGAUAGGGUGUGAUGGUGUACACUCAGUGGUUGCCCGCUGGUUGGGACUUAAGGAGCCAGUGAAAGCAAAUCGGUCAACUGUACGUGGUCUAGCAGUAUUUCCUCAAGGCCAUGGAUAUACUAAGGGGGAAGUCCAUCAGUUCACAGACCAAGGCAAAAGAGCUGGUUUUGUUCCCCUCACUGAUAAAGAUCUCUAUUGGUUCUUGCUCACCUACACUUCUACAUUUAAUGGUGAGGAGACUGCAAUAGGAGACCCCAAGUUGCUACAGAAGGUUAUAAUGGAGAACUUAGCCAAGGACUUCCCUUCAGUUUUCUUAGAAGUAGUUCAACAUGCUGAUCUGGAAUCACUGUCAUGGGCCCCAUUGAUGUUCAGAUUUCCAUGGGACCUAAUAUUUGGCCACGUGUACAAAGGGAGCAUCACGGUUGCAGGUGAUGCAAUGCACCCAAUGACACCAGAGCUUGCCCAGGGUGGUGGUUCAGCGCUUGAAGAUGCUGUCGUCCUUGGUAGACACUUGGGCAAUUCUUUCCUCUCAAAUGGGCGGAUUCUGGCUGUAGAUCAGGCAGCUAAAGCUAUAGAAGGGUAUGUGAAGGAGAGGAGAUGGCGAGGUGCUAGUUUGAUCACUGGGUCUUAUAUUUCAGGUUGGGUGCAGGAAAGGGGUUCUAGUUCCUUCUUGAAUUUCUUAAAGGGUAUCAUCUUCUACAAGUUUGUUUUCCCUAGGUUUGCUAAUGGCGUAAUUUAUGAUUGUGGGAAACUUCCCAGUGUUUCUUCACCUUCUGAAUCAGAUGAUCAGACUAAGAUUGAUUAG